AUGCCUCUCGGUUUCACAUAUCACGCUAACGCCCAGGCAAACUUCAAGCCUCCUCUCGUUGCCAACGAUAACGCAUUCCUCGGUGAUAUCCAGUCAAACGAAAAGACCGUCCCCGACAAGCCACUCUCUGCCGGAUUCUACCGGUUAGAAAAGGGCACUCCGCUUGUCUACACCUACACCUACGAAGAGAUGAAGAUCAUCCUAGAGGGCGAGUUCGAGAUCUCCGACGAAAAUGGCCAGAAGGUUACCGCUACCAAGGGUGAUGUGUUUUACUUCCCCAAAGGAUCCACCAUCACCUUCACAACCCCGGACUACGGACUAGCGUUCUUCGUGGGCCAACGCGCGGAGGGCGUAGCCUAG